CAGCGGGAUGGCGGUUUUUCACAAACUGAAGUAAGAAGGUGGGUCCGUCUCCAUCAGUUCAGUCGCGCCGGAGAACGAUGCUGAACAAACCCACGGGAGGAUUUCUUCUCCAGCUCCAAGCCUGCCAGAUCCUCCUCAGACCGAAUCCUUUGAUCCAGUAGACGUCUGAACCACCCCCAAACCAUGGAGAGCCUCAGCGAGCUCCAGAACCCUCUGCUGGACAAAACCAGCAGGCAUGCGGUCCACAAUGACUACCAGGGCUACCAGUGUGACUACUCCAGCCCGCCUUAUCAGGACAAUCUGAUUGGCUACUACUACACCGGGACCGGCGGCAAGCAUAAGACUCAGCAGUUCCUGGACGCGACGUCCCUUCAUCUGGCAGUGGAGGCCUUUUACCGGCCCAACUUCAUCCUGUACAAGGACGACGUCAGCCUUCACAGCAAGGACUCCAAGAGCGAGAGCUUUGAGACCACGUUCACCGAGAGCAAGGACGCCGUGACGGACGGCGUGUCCGCGGAGAACGCGGUGGACAGCUUACAGGGCGAGAAGGACGUGAAGAUCCAGACGGUGUCGUACGACGUGGAGGAGGAGCAGGGUCCCGAGUACGAGAGUGACAGCUCCAGUGACAGUGAGAGUGAGGACAACUUCAUCGUGCUGCCACCUCGGGACUACCUGGGCCUAACCAUCUUCUCCAUGCUCUGCUGCUUCUGGCCCCUGGGCAUCGUUGCCUUUUACUACUCUCACAAGACUGGCAAGGCCAUCGCUAAGGGAGACUUCUCCAGAGCCGGGAUGAGCUCCAGGAGAGCCCUGUUCCUGGCCGCGCUCUCCAUCACCAUCGGCACGGGGAUGUACGUGGGGGUGGUCGUGGCCCUCAUAGCCUACCUGUCCAAGCCCGGACACGUAUAGCACAGGGACCGCUCGCUCCUGGACGGAAUGAGACGGAGAGGAGGCGGGACCG